AUGGCUAACCCAGCCGUGCCAGAGACAGAGACCCCCACGGAAGAGUCGCAGGAUGAGAUCAGCUCUGCUCAACCCAGUGAGGCUCCUGCAAGGACGGAGCUCGACGUGGCGAAGUCGGAGGGCGUCCUCCGGCCUCUGGAAACCGUACCAGGUCUCGUGGCUCAUGCUGUCGGAACCUUAGUGGGCGGCGCGUCGCUUGGCGCCGGCUGGGCCGUGGGUCGCGCCGAGGAGAAGCUGGGCCGGCGCCAGGUCACAGACUCGGCGGCUUUUAAGAUGGGCUUCCGCACUUGGCUGUACGCGAACGGAAUUUGGCCUACCAUUCUCUGCGAGUCCGGGCCAUAUGGCAAUGACUUCGGCCCCCUCCCGAGCGAUCCGGAGGUGCGGCAACGGAUGCUACGUGCCACGCCGCUGAUCGUCAGCACCAUGGCAGCACGGAGUUCAGGACUUCGCCGGGUGUUCUAG